CAAAAAGGAAGCUAAAGUAAGAACACUGGAAUGAGAAAUUAAGGAGAUGGCCAAUUGAAAGUUGAAGCUCCACUUUGGCACGGUUUCAAGGGUUUUCUUGUGUGACAUGAUCACACUUAUGGGAACUUGUUUUAGAAAUAUUAUCUCCAUGGAUAUCUGAAGUGGUGUGUGCACCCUCAAGUGAUGAAGCCCCAAUCUGAAAACCACUCAACAGAACCCAGGAAUCUGGGCCACUCUUCAAGUGCCAACUUCAAUGGAAUCAAUUUUGGUGAAGUUGAAGCCAAGCACCGAAUGCUUUUGGUCCAGUGGCUAAAUAGUCUUCUUCCAACGUUGAACUUGCCGGUAAAUAUCACAGAUGAUGAGCUAAGAGUAUGCUUGAACAAUGGUACAAUUUUAUGUCAAAUAAUGAACAAGCUACGACCUGGUUCAGUAAGUGAGGUCAGUGAAUUUGAUAAUUCUCCGUCAGCAAAGUCAGAGAAUGUUAAGAGAUUCCUGAAAGCCAUAGAUGCAUUGGGCAUGCCCAAGUUUGAAAUAUCUGACCUAGAGAAGGGCCAUAUGAAGUCUGUUGUGGAUUGUCUUUUAACACUUAGAGCCAAAAGUUUACAGAAUGCUUGGGGAGACAAUAUUUCUAUGACUAAUUCCAAAGUCAGAUCCAUCAUGAGUUCACCUUCAUCACAUGGGGGUGACCAGAGGAAGAACCCAUCAGAAUCAAAGUUCCAAAGUGUUUUGCGUAGUCCGGUAAUGGCUGAGCCAUCGGCUGCAUUAUUACACCAUGUAGGUCAUAAAUUUCACGAGGUGUUUCAAAUGAAACAUGGAAGCUAUGCUGAACUUCCUGCUGCCAAAAUCUCAGAACUGAUGAAAUCUACCAGUUUAAAUAAUGCUCCUACUCAAUCACUUUUGAGUGUUGUGAACGCUAUUUUGGAAGAAAGUGUUGAAAGAAGAAAUAGUGAAAUACCCCAUCGCGUGGCUGUCUUGUUGAGAAAAGUUGUCCAGGAGAUUGAGCGGCGCAUAUCGACUCAAGCAGAUCAUUUAAAAACACAAAAUAAUCUUUUUAAGGCUCGCGAAGAAAAGUAUCAAUCAAGAAUUAGAGUACUUGAGGUUCUUGCUUCUGGAGCAAGGGAAGACAAUGAGGUUGGGGUUCGAAGCCCUAUUCGGCAACAGCAACAGACUGCAGUUACGAGUGCAAUCGUGCAGCCAAAGGAACAGAGUGAGGUGACUAAAAUGGAAGAAAAGAAGGCUUUUGAAUCAAUACAGUCUGAAAAGGCUAAAGAGGAGACAAAGUCGGAAGAUAACCAAGAGGUAAUUCGGUUGAUGAAAGAGCUGGAAAAUAAAAACAUGGACAUUUCAAAAUUGAAGCAAGAGCUCGAAAUAAUGAAGAAAGGUAGCCAAGAUGUUACUAGCUCUGUGAAAGAGAUGGAAGAUAAAAACAUGGAAAUUUCGACAUUGAAGAAAGAGCUAGAAACAAUGAAGAAAGGCAACCAAGACCUUACUAAGGUUGUGGAAGAGAUGGAAAAUAAAAGGUUGGAAUUUUCGGCUUUGAAACAAGAAGUAGGAAUAAUAAAGAGUGAUGACGAGGAUGUUGCUAUGUUGACAAAAGAUCUGGAAAGCAAAAAAAUAGAAAUUGCAACGAUGAAGCAAGAACUAGAAGCAUUGAGAAAAGGAAAUCAAGAUGUUGCUGGGCUGAUGAAAGAUUUGGAAAAUAAAAGCACAGAAAUUUCAACAUUGAAGCAAGAAAUAGAAACAUUGAAAAAAGGUAACCAAGAUGUUGCUAGGCUGAUGAAUGAUCUAGAAAAUAAAAAAGCAGAAAUUUCAACAAAGAAGCAAGAAUUAGAAAACACAAUGAAAAAUGGUAACCAAGAUAUUGCUAGGCUGAUGAAGGAUCUGGAAAAUAAAAGCCUGGAGAUUUCAGCAUUGAAGCAAGAAAUAGAGACACUGAAAAAAGAUAACCAAGAUGUUGCUAGGAUGAUGAAGGAUCUGGAAAAUAAAAGCAUGGAGAUUUCAACAUUGAAGCAAGAAAUAGAAACAUUGAAAAAAGAUAACCAAGAUGUUACUAGGCUGAUGAAGGAUCUAGAAAAUAAAAACACUGAAAUUUCAACAAGGAAGCAAGAACUAGAAGACACAUUGAAAAAUGGUAACCAAGAUAUUGCUAAGCUGAUGACAGAUCUGGAAAAUAAAAGAACAGAAAUUUCGGCAUCGAAGCAAGAAAUAGAAACAUUGAAAAAAGAUAAUCAAAAUGUUACUAAGCUUGUGAAGGACCUAGAAAAUAAAAAUACAGAACUUUCAACAAAGAAACGAGAAUUAGAAGAAACGCUGAAAAAUGGUAACCAAGAUAUUGCUAAGCUGAAGAAAGAUCUUGAGAAUAAAACCAUGGAAAUUUCAGCAUUGAAACAAGAAAUAGAAACAUUGAAAAAAGAUAAUCAAGAUGUUACUAAACAGGUGAAUGAUCUAGAAAAGAAAAAUGCAGAACUUUCGACAAAGAAGCAAGAAUUAGAAGAGGCAUUGAAAAAUAGUAACCAAGAUAUUGCUAGGCUGACGAAAGAUCUAGAAACAACAAAAAAAACUUAUGAUUUACAGUGCUCACAGUUGGAAGCAGAAAUCAAGGGUGCUAAAGGAGAACUGAAAGAGAAGUCACAAGAAUAUGAGCAUCAGUUGGAAUCAUUAAGUAAUAAGAUUAGAGAGAAUGAGGCCUCUUAUGAGUCCGAAUAUCAAAAGUGGAACCUAAAAGUUAUCCAAUUUCAGAAAGCUACAACUUUUCAGCUUAGUUCGAUCAAGGUCUUGAAAUUGUCUUGGGAAACUGUUAAGCAGCAUGUGCUAAAUGAGCAACCAUUUUAUGCAGAAGAGUUUAAGCGAUUAGGUGUAAAUCUUAAACCAUUGGUAGAUGCAGCUGAGAACUAUCAGGUAGUUCUUGCGGAAAAUCGGAAGAUGUUCAAUGACAUUCAAGAAUUAAAAGGAAAUAUUAGAGUAUAUUGCAGAGUUAGACCAUUUCUCCCAGGACAAAAGGAGAAACAAUCUAUUGUGGAACACUAUGGUGAAACCGAGUUGGUUGUGGCAAAUCCUUCCAAACAAGGGAAAGAAGCCCUUAGAACAUUUAAGUUUAACAAGGUCUUUGGUCCAACUGCAACUCAAGCUGAUGUAUACAAUGACAUUCAAGCCUUUAUACGAUCAGUACUCGACGGGUACAACGUAUGCAUAUUUGCUUAUGGCCAAACUGGUUCUGGGAAAACUUACACAAUGAGUGGUCCAAAUGGUGCAACAGCUGAGAGUGUUGGUGUUAACUAUCGAGCUUUGAAUGACCUUUUCAGCAUAGCAACUAUCAGACAGAGCACCAUUUCCUAUGAAAUUGGGGUUCAAGUGAUUGAAAUAUACAAUGAACAAGUGCGAGAUCUGUUGACGUCUGAAUCUACUCCAAAAAAGGUUGGGAUAUUGACUCACUCCCAACCAAAUGGCUUAGCAGUACCUGAUGCUAGCAUGCAACUUGUAAAAUCAACCGCGGAUGUCAUAAAGCUGAUGGACAUUGGCCUGAAAAAUAGAGCCAAAAGUGCAACUUCUAUGAAUGAAAGAAGUAGCCGUUCUCACAGUGUGGUAUCGAUUAAUGUUCGUGGAGUAGACAUGAAGUCUGGUUCUACUCUUCAAGGCAACCUUCAUUUGGUUGAUUUGGCUGGAAGUGAGAGGGUAGAUCGGUCUGAAGUGACUGGUGAUCGACUUAAGGAAGCACAGCAUAUCAACAAAUCACUAUCUGCUCUUGGAGAUGUCAUCUUUGCUCUUGCUCAAAAGAAUGCUCAUGUGCCAUACAGAAAUAGCAAGCUUACUCAACUUCUGCAAUCUUCCCUUGGUGGUCAUGCAAAGACACUCAUGUUGGUACAAAUCAAUUCAGAUGUAAAGUCAUAUUCGGAAUCUCUAAGUACCUUGAAGUUUGCUGAGAGAGUUUCUGGUAUUGAGUUAGGAGCUGCAAAAAGUACCAAAGAUGGGAAAGAUGUCAGAGAAUUAAUGGAGCAGGUGGCUUCUCUAAGGGACACUAUUUUGUCAAAAGAUGAGGAGAUUGAGAGGCUGCAAUUACUUAAAGAUCUGAAAUCUGACAAGCCUACCCCAGAAUAGAUUUUGAUUAAGUAGCAUUUGUGACAAUGAUAUUCUUCUUGUACAAAAAACUUAUGGAUCCUCUGAAACUUCCACUCUCAUUGAAGGCAUAAAAUCAUUAGAUACUAUGCAGAGAAGUAUUUAAAAAAAGUAGCUUUUGUAAAGACCAACCUGUAGCUCCAAAACAGUAGCAUAAAGUAGGGGUUAUGUUAAAAUCAGAAUCUCAGCUGAGAGGAUCCAUUUUCACAAGAGUUGCAG